GUUAGAAACAUCUUUUUGGGACGUUUCGUUUCAGACUUAACAAAGUCUGACCGCAUCCUAAGUCUGUUACUAAGGCCCGUCUAAGUGCCUCAAUGAACGCGCCAUGACGAAGCCCGAAUGUCCAAUCUCAUCAGUUGAGGAUGCUCUGGCGCCUUACAUUCACACGCGCGAGAAAACGACGCGUAUCCGCCAAAUACUGACUCAGCUUGUGAAGAAAAAUGUGGAGAACGACAGCGAACCGACGCAUGUCGCACUGAGUCUGCCACUUUCAUCAAUAAAGCUCCGUGACUCAACGGGUCUAGCGAUACCGAUAGAAGGCCUGUACAAGCAAUAUUUCAAGGCACUUGAAGCAUACCGCCAAGCACGCGAGAGAUACGACACCAUCAAAGACGAGUUAAACCAUGUUCUCCAAAAGGAUGCAGAGCAAGAGCAAAGCGUGCCCAAAGCCAUUUCCACUGAAAUCGCCCGAGAGUAUGCAGAUCUGCUCCGCCAGCGGCGACAGCAAAGAAAAAUGGAAAUAGUACAAACCGCGCUCGCCAACUUACUCGACGCGAAACCAAACAUCGUGUCUCUUGAUAUGAAAUCAUCUAUACGAGAUAUGUUAGGAGAUCCACCUCAGCCUCCGAUGACGACCCUUGAGGGCGGAGGCGAUGCUGAUGCAAAAGUCCAAGAGCUCACAUUCCAGUUGAAGAAAGAAUUGCUGAUAGCGAAGAGCAAGCUUUCCGAGGCUAAAACCGCCGAAGAAGCUGCCAAAAACCGCCAAACAAAUGGAGCAACCGAUAUUGGAGAGAAGGUUUCAGUUUUACGUGAGGCGAGGGAUGAAUUAAUCAGUUGGGUAGAAGGAGAGCUCGCGAAGAUCCCAGAAGAUGAAGUUGAGGCCUCGCAAGUCGAACUCUCCUUCAUCGGGGAAGAAGAUGACGAUGUGAAAGCAUCGGGAAGCAACUUGUCAAACGACGAAGUUACGAAACGGGUUGAAGAACUGUACAGCCAAUACGUUGUCUCGCGACAAAGGUAUAUUGCCGAAGUUGAGGCUGCGUUAAAUCGUGCUCCAAAGCUGGAAGUCGCAGAGCAAACCGGUGCUGGAGCUAACAAAGCCCCGGCCGCUCAACGGGUGAUGCAGCCUGGCUCUGAGUCGAGAUUAUCCCCUAUACAAGCCUCACAGCUGCUUCCUUACCUGACAAUCAUGACAUCAACAACUCGUGACGAGGCGCUUCUCCAGCAACAAAUAUCACACCUUAGACGACAGCUCAUUCUCGCUUCCGAUGAAACCAACAACAUCAUUCAGCGUCUUGCGGGUGAGAGUUUGCUGGUUCCUCCAGACUCAACACAGACCUCUUCAUGGGCCAAGGCAGCUGGAGAGGCCAGUGAGAAGACUAAGUCUCUGGUACUCGAGCAGAUGAUCGAGGGAGAGGCCAGUGUGGCACAGGCGAAGAGGGUAUUGGAAGGCUUAAAAGCAAGAAGGAAGGCUCUGGAAGGGUUGAAGAGGCCCCUAUAGUUUAUGCUUUUGGCCUAGCUCUAUGGAUCUGCAAAUCUAUUCA